AUGCCCGCUGCCAGCUGCUCCGAAGUGGAGCAGGCGUGGCUCGAUGCCGGGCGGCGAGGAGACGUCAAGGCCAUGCUAGGUCUCCGCAAACAGCACCCCAAGUGGCUCGCGCUCGACCGCGUACGUAGCCAUCUUCGAGUGUGCGCGCGAAAUCGAGACGAAGGAGAUGAAGCGCCGUCCUUCUGCGACUGGGAGAAGUUCCACCUGCCGACGGUGGGCGCCUCGGCGCUCCACGCCGCCGCCUGGGACGGCGAGUACGAGGUGCUGGAGUUCCUGCUGAAGGAAGGCCAGCAAGUGGACGAGCGCGGCCGACGAGGGGUGACGGCGCUCAUGGCCACGCUCAUGAGGCACAACGUGCAAGCUCUGCGCGCCGUGUUCCAAGGAACCGCGGUCGUGCAGCUCAACACCGUCAUGGAUUGUCGGGAGGAGGACGAAGAGCGACUGAAGCACACUCUGAGAGUGGUGAAGCUGCUGCUGCGUCACGGCGCGAAGACGGAGGCAUGUGACAACGAGGGCAAGACGGCGCUGUUCCUCGCGACGAAUGACGAGCUGUUUGAGGUCGCCAAGCUUCUGCUGGAGAAUGGAGCGCGUCUGGACGCGCAGGACUCGAUUGGUAGGUCCCCGCUCCACGCGUGCUUGCGCGCUUCCCCCGAGCAGAGCGUGCUGGUGACGAACCUGCUGGUCUCGCGAGGCGCGCCGAUUGAUCUCCCGGACAAGACGGGCGAGACGCCGUUCACGAUUGUUGUCCGGCACGGGGACAUCACGGCGCUGCAGCUGCUGCUGAACCACCACUCGCUCGUGGCCACGCCUGCGAGGCAGGAUUUCUCCGGCGCGGUGCUGUUGCACGCUGCGGAGCUCGGCGUCGUGGACGUUGUGCGAUUCUUGCUGGACGGCAAGUACACGAGCGUCGAUGUCGUCAACGCUCGAGGCGAAACGGCGUUGCACCUGGCCAUUAUGAAGCAACGCAAGGCGCUCGUUGAAAUGCUGUGCAAGUCAAAAUCUGCAGAGCUGCUGCUCGCUGCUCGAACGAAGGGCAAGGGCGAGUCGGUUCUUCACUACGCCGCGCGCUUCGGGUCUCCUUCGGACCUGACGUCGGUGCUGUCGCUAUUAGGCAAAGGAGGCUCAUCCAAGGUGAAUGUCGCGAGUGCUCAAGGUUUGACUCCUCUGUACCUGGCUACCACGGCAUCUACGGCUGGCUCGCCGAGUGAAAGGCGUGCCAAGGUUGCCCAGCUCGAGAAGCUCGGCGCGUCGCUCUUUGCUAGCGACGCGCUUCUCUUCCGAGAAGUCAAGAAUGCUGCAGGCGUCGCGUUAGUGGCCAUGAACCCUGCUGUCCGACGCUGUCUGGCGCUGUGGAUGGCCGAGUGCAGCGCGUCGUCGCCGACCGCGUUCUCCGACUUCUGCGUCAACUGGGUCGCGUGCGUGCAGCGCCCCCAAAUCAAUCCGACCAAGAAGCUGCAGCCUCCGUUCCAGCACCGUGUCCCGCUGACGCCGGCAUUGACCGCGUUUGUCUGUGCUGGUUACGCGCCGGAUUCGAUCCCCCUGCUUCUGUCGCUACCGCUGAAGCUCGAGACGGCGUCGCGCUUCCUCGAGCUGCUGAAGACAUUGGUCGCCGACACGAAGCACGCAUUGUUGCAGAAGCUUCAGAUGGAGUUGCAGGCGGGCUGGAAGAUCAGAAGCAGCGUGGCCAGCGCCCCGAAGGCUGGAGCGUCAGUGAAGGCCAAGGAGUAGCGGGGUGGGGCGCGAGUGAAGUGCGCAAGGACGAGGGAAGAUGAAGGGCGAGGAGCAUGGCAAACUAUGCGAACGAAGCAGCCGCCCAUGUACAAUCGCAGUAUGAGAGAGAACGAGAGCCGCCCGAGUGCGCGUUGCGGCCGAAGAUGCAGGUAGUCAAAGUAGCAUUUAGCCACGUACGAUACGAAUAUAAUGACCUCCUUGACACGACC